AUGCCAUCAGCAAUGUGCUGGUCAUUACCAAAUCGAUCUCGAACCGGGGCAGCAAUCCAAUUAGAAUCCGAGGAAACAGCCGCCAUUAUCGCAGCCACGCAAGGUUUCCUCGCAGCACUGAGCACCAAAUCGCGAGCCGAUUUCGAGAAACACUGUGUCAGAGCAGGGGGGAUGACACUUUCACCUCCAUCUCCAACUUCCCUGCGCUUCUGUACGAUUGGUUCGUUCGUUGAACAUGUCGCUGGGCUAAAAGACGACAUCGAUGAGCGCAUCUGGGAUCCUGAGGUGAAGGUGCACGAAACAGGAAGCUUGAACUUGGCCGCUGUGUGGGCGCCAUUCCGGGCGAAGAUCAACGGAGUUGUGGACCAUGUUGGUGUUGAACUUUUUGUUUUGCAUAAACUCAACGGCGAAUGGAAGGUGACUGGGCUGGCGGACUCGUGUCGGUUGCCGACUGAGGAGGAAAUGCUGCUGGAAUGA